AUGAGCUCUCAUCAAAUCCUCCAAUUUCGCUCUGACCCAUUUGUGCUGUCACACUGUUGCCGCCAUACACACCUCACCAGCUCUCUAACGCUUCAAUCUCCUCUAAAGCAGCCUUUUUCCGGUCUUCGUUUCCGGUGGCGUCGCUCUAAUCACGGCGGAGUCAGGAGCUCAACGACGGAGGCUCAGAGUAACAAUGGGAACCGAAAAGAAGAAGCUUUGGUGUCGGAAACAGCGACGACGACGAUUGAAUUGAAAAGGGUCUAUCCAUUUCACGAAAUUGAGCCCAAGUGGCAGCGUUAUUGGGAAGAUAACCGAACUUUUCGGACACCAGACGAUGUCGAUACUUCGAAACCUAAGUUCUACGUCCUCGACAUGUUUCCAUAUCCAAGUGGAGCAGGAUUACAUGUGGGACAUCCAUUGGGUUAUACAGCAACUGAUAUUUUAGCGAGGCUUAGGCGAAUGCAAGGUUAUAAUGUUUUGCAUCCUAUGGGAUGGGAUGCUUUUGGAUUGCCUGCAGAACAAUAUGCUAUUGAGACAGGAACCCAUCCGAAAACUACGACAUUGAAGAACAUUGACCGCUUUCGUUUACAGCUCAAAUCACUGGGCUUCUCAUACGAUUGGGACCGUGAGCUUUCUACAACAGAGCCAGACUAUUAUAAAUGGACACAAUGGAUCUUUCUUCAGCUUUAUAAGAGAGGUUUGGCAUAUCAGGCUGAAGUACCCGUCAAUUGGUGCCCAGCUCUUGGUACUGUUUUGGCCAAUGAGGAAGUGGUGGAUGGUGUUAGUGAGCGUGGUGGCCACCCGGUUAUAAGAAAGCCGAUGAGGCAAUGGAUGCUGAAGAUUACUGCGUACGCUGAUCGUCUUCUGGAAGAUUUAGACGAACUUGAGUGGCCUGAAAGUAUAAAGGAAAUGCAAAGAAACUGGAUAGGAAGAUCCGAAGGAGCUGAAUUGAACUUUUCAAUUCUUGAUGGCGAAGGCCGAGAAACCGACAAAAAGAUUACAGUUUACACCACGAGGCCAGAUACACUUUUUGGAGCAACUUACAUGGUUGUGGCACCAGAGCAUCAUUUGUUGUCGUACUUUGUAACCGCAGAACAGAAACAGCAAGUUGAGGAAUACAAAGAUUUCGCUUCGAGAAAAAGUGAUCUUGAGAGAACAGAACUUCAGAAGGACAAGACGGGCGUAUUCACUGGAUGUUAUGCGAAAAAUCCAGCUAAUGGUGAUGCUAUUCCCAUAUGGGUAGCUGACUAUGUUCUAGCAAGUUAUGGAACUGGAGCAAUCAUGGCAGUCCCAGCUCAUGAUACUCGGGACAAUGAGUUCGCGUUGAAGUAUAACAUCCCGGUCAAGUGGGUAGUGAAAAAUGAGGCAAAUUUAAGUGAUGAUGCCAAGCAGGUUUAUCCUGGAUUGGGCAUAAUUGAAAAUUCAUCAAGUUCAGAGACAGGACUUGACAUAAAUCAACUAUCUAGCAAAGAAGCUGGUUUAAAAGUUAUUGAAUGGUCUGAGAGAACCGGCAAUGGAAAGAAAAAGGUAAAUUACAAGUUGAGGGAUUGGCUAUUUGCACGGCAGCGUUACUGGGGUGAACCUAUCCCGAUUUUAAUUUUGGAUGAGUCUGGUGAAACUAUUGCUGUUUCAGAAUCUGAACUGCCACUCACUUUGCCUGAGUUAAAUGAUUUUACGCCCACUGGAACCGGGGAACCACCACUGUCAAAAGCAGUUUCAUGGGUGAACACCGUAGAUCCCUCAACAGGAAAACCUGCCAAAAGAGAAACAAGCACUAUGCCACAAUGGGCUGGGUCUUGCUGGUACUAUCUGAGAUUCAUGGACCCGAAAAACCCUGAAGCAUUAGUUGACAAGGAAAAAGAAAAAUACUGGAGCCCAGUAGAUGUAUAUGUUGGUGGUGCUGAACAUGCUGUUUUACAUUUACUAUACUCGAGGUUUUGGCACAAGGUACUUUAUGACAUUGGUGUUGUCUCUACGAAAGAACCAUUCAAAUGUGUCAUAAAUCAAGGAAUCAUCCUUGGGGAAGUCCAAUAUACAGCUUGGAAAGAUCAAGAAGGAAUUUAUGUAUCUGCAGAUACUGAAGAACGGUUAAAUGAACAUCAGCAAGUGACUAUCCCGGAAGAAAAAGUUAUGAAGUCCGGAGAUCAUUUUGUUCUGAAGGAAGAUCCUAGCAUUCGUUUGAUUCCACGCGUUUAUAAAAUGAGCAAAAGUAGAGGAAAUGUCGUAAAUCCUGAUGAUGUUGUGUUAGAGCAUGGUGCAGAUUCUCUGCGUUUGUAUGAGAUGUUCAUGGGACCAUUUAGGGACUCAAAAACUUGGAACACGAGUGGGAUUGAAGGUGUGCAUCGUUUCUUGGCAAGAACAUGGAGACUAGUCAUCGGUUUGCCUCAAUCCGACGGUUCUUUCAAAGAUGGAACCAUAGUGACUGAUGAUGAACCAACCCUUGAACAGCUCCGAACUCUUCAUAAAUGCAUAGCUAAGGUGACAGAGGAAAUUGAGAGUACACGAUUCAACACGGGAAUUUCAGGGAUGAUGGAGUUGGUUAAUGCAGCAUAUAAGUGGAAUAAUCAACCUAGAAGAAUCAUUGAGCCUUUUGUUCUUUUGCUCUCACCUUAUGCGCCUCACAUGGCUGAAGAGCUUUGGUCGCGGUUAGGCCAUCCGAAUUCUCUGGCCUAUGAAAGCUUCCCUAAGGCAAACCCGGAUUACUUAAAGAACACAACUAUUGUUCUUCCAGUUCAGAUAAACGGCAAAACAAGAGGCACCAUAGAGGUUGAAGAAGGAUGUUCUGAAGAUGAUGCUUUUGUUCUAGCUUCACAGGACGAGAAACUCAGGAAAUAUCUAGAUGGACAAUCUAUCAAGAAGCGAAUCUAUGUGCCUGGGAAGAUCCUCAACGUUAUCCUAGACCGGACUAAUGUCAAGGUCGCUACAAAGUAG